ACGCGGCGGGGCCGUGGCCCCGGCCCUGCUCAGACGCCCGAGUCGGCCGCGCCGCGCGCCGCGUCCGCAGUGGCCAGGUGUGCGGGUGGCGGGCGGUGCCGGCCACCCCCGCGCCCCCCGCCAGCCCAUGUCCUGAGCACGCCCGGCGGGCCGCGGGCUAUGCGCCGGCACCAUGUCCCUUCUGGGCGCGUGGCUUGUGGAGGUGCAGUGGCCGCUCCUGGUGUCGCUCUUCGUGGUGGCGCUGGGCACCGUGGGCCUGUACCUGGCGCAGUGGGCGCUGGCCAGGGAGCCACGGCCGGCCCCGCGGCUCACGGCUGAGCGCGCAGAGGGGCCGCGCCCCGAGCCCGACGCGCUGCUCGCCUGGAUCCUGACGCUGGACAGCUGGCGCAGGCAGUGGCAGGCGGCCUGGGUGAGCGCCCUGAACCAGGAGGCCCGGAGGAAAGGGGGCCCCCUGGAUCUCACCUUCCAGGAGGACUCCCAGAAGCAGCUGUUGGAGCUGGCAGUACAGCGAGUUGCCAGCACGACCAGGUCGGCACAGGAGAAGGUGCUGUCCUGCCUUGUGGUCGGGAAGACCCUUCAGUUUGCGGUCAGCGUGGCACCAGCCCCGCCGGACUCUGGGCCGCGGCUGUAUAGUGUGCAGCUCUGCCCGCUCCAUCUGAAGCUGGAGCUGCACCUGAAGGAGAAGCAGGAGGAUAUCGGGGUCCACUGGUCCUUUGUCUGCGCCCCAGAGCUGGCCAUCAGCGUGCAGCCCGUGACCCUGGAGGCAGGUGCCAGCCACACCGAGGCCGUGUCCACACAGCUCAGGGACCUUCUGAGGCAGCUGGUCAGUGCCGCCUCCCCAUCCCUGGUUCUGAGCGCCAAGCCCGUGGACGCCAGGGAAGUCCAGAGUCGGCGGCCACCCCCACCUUCCGCGUCGCAGGAGUCCUGCCCGCCCAAGCCGCCCCGCGCCCACGAGCUCAAACUGCAGGUGAAGAACAUCUGCGCCUCGUUGCUGUCCGCGCCUGCGCCAGGCAGCCCCAGCCCUCGCUGCAUCCUGCAGCUCGACGACCCGUCCCAGAAGUUCUCCAGCACCCUCGCCGCCAACAGCAGAGGCCUCACCUGGGAAGAAGAACUCACCUUUGAGUUGAACGCCAAGUCGAAGGAGUUGCACCUCCAGAUUUCAGAGGAUGGGAGAUCCUCAGAAGCACUGUUGGUGGCCACCACCGUCCCCCUGGACUUAUUCAAGAAACAGCCUUCAGGGCCCCAGAGCUUCCCACUGACCUCCCUGGAUGGUGCCGUGCUGGGUUCCGUCUCCGCGGAGUUUUCUUAUGUAGAACCCGGCGAGGCCAAAACCUGGACCUUCCCCGUGCCGGUCCCGGCCACUACGGUGGAGAAGGACCGCAUGGUGAUGCCCUGCGGCACCGUGGUCACCACAGUCACCGCCGUGAAGACCAAGCCUCGCUUUGAAACCGGCCGUGCGUCCCCGCCCAGCUCGGCCUCGCCCCUGAGGACACCCGUCAGGGUCAGGGUGAUCGAGAAGGACAUCUCCGUGCAGGCCGUGGCAGGCCCCCGUGCACCGGUCAGCAAGACGCUGUCCUCCUCAGACACAGAGCUGCUGGCACUGAGUGGCUCAGACCCUGUGGCAGAAGCGGCCAUCCGGCAGCUCAGCGAGGCCUCUCGGCUGAAGCUCAGGUCCCCACACAAGAAAAGUACCAUCAUCAUCUCGGGGGUCUCCAAGACCUCUCUAUCUCAGGACAGCGAGGCCACCCUCAUGCUGGAGUAUGCCGCGUCCAUGGACGGCGCCCGCCAGGAGUCCGGCCCGGUCCUCCCGGGGGCCACCACCACCCAGGACUCACCUGAGGGAGCCACCCUGGUCCCAGCCCCGCCGUCACCCGCCAUCGAACCCUCUGAGGCCACCAUUACCGAGCUCGACUCCCGGCACCCCGAGAAGGACCUUCCAGCAGCAGCGUGGGAUGGCCGGGCCCCCCUGGAUUCCGAGAGGGACCGGAUCUCUGAGAGCUCUCUGAGUGUCUCCGAGCCAGACGCCCCCAAGAAGCAUAAAGGAGGAAUCUUCCGGAAAAGCGCCAAGCUGUUAUUCCGCCGGCGGCACGCACACCGGGAGCCAGGUAUGAGCCAGUCCCACCACGACCUGGCGUCCCUGCAGCCCGAGGGCACUCGCAGGCGGGGGGCCACCCUGGGCCGCCUCCUCAACAGGAAGCUUCUGUCCCGGCACAAGAGCAAGAGCACCGUGAACGGAGGCUCGGCAGAGCCCUGCGCCUAGCGCCCACCCCGCACCCCUCAUACCCGUUCCCGUGGGCAGUGGCUCCUGCAGUGCCCACGGCCACCGAGUUUCACAGGAGAGUCCGCCUGAACUGGAGAACAUUCUAGCGAGGGUCGGGGACCAGUGGCCGGGCGGCGACUUGGCCUCGAGGGAUAUUGUCGUUGGGGGUCCACGCUGGGCCCUCAUGAAGAGGCGGCUUCCUCUCUGCCAUCACUGUGAGCCACAUACUGUGCUGGGGCGUCCUCUUCUGGGGUGGGGGCCGGGUGCCCCACGGACGCCCCAAGCCUUUGACACUGCAGCAGCUUCUGCACACACCACGCAGCACUUU